AUGGGUGGCUCUCAGCAACAGUCUCCCGUAUUGCUCGCGCGCAUUGCAGAGAAAAAAGCCGAACUAGCGAACCUGAAAGACCUGCAAGCACUAAGUGGAGGACUCGCAGACCAAAUGCAGAUGCUCGCUGAUAAGCUGUCGACUUUAUCAAAUGGAACAGAAGGUAUGUAA